AUGUUGCAACGGGUGCUGCUAUUAGCAGCACUGGUUGCUACGGUGGCCCCACAAAUGCUUCGGCCGAGUUUGUUGACAAUCUCCCAUCGAAAACCAAUUCGUGCCAGUUCCACAUGCGGUGAACAUAAUGGACAACCGAUCAACGAAGUCUACUGCUCACUCACUGGUUCCACUCAAUAUUCACCGCUAAAUGAAUACUCUUACCAAGACGAUACAGCUCAUCCACUGGCAUAUAGUGAGAUGCGACAGGAACGCGAAGCCUUCGUGCAGGGCGGUCAUGGUUGCGGACAUUGUAUGGCAGGUACGGUAAAUGCUCAUCCUGCCGAGAAUAUGGUAGAUGGUAAUACGAGCUGGUGGCAGUCCCCACCUCUAUCCAGAGGAAUGGAAUAUAACCAAGUCAACAUUACCAUCGAUCUCGAACAGGAGUUUCAUGUGGCUUACGUAUGGAUCCAAAUGGCUAACAGUCCCAAGCCAGGAACAUGGAUCCUAGAACGAUCAACUGACUAUGGAAAGACGUUCCAGCCAUGGUAUUACUUCGCUGAGACUCCAGCCGAAUGCAUGAGGCAAUUCGGUAUGGAAUCCCUGUCACCAAUUUCCGAAGACGAUCGAGUCAUCUGUCGCUCGGACUUGGCUGGAAUUCAUCCACUGGAAAAUGCUGAGAUGGUCAUCAAAAUCCUGGAACACCGACCGAGUCGCUUCCAAUUUUCCUCAUCGGAAGCUUUGCAAAAUUUCACGAGGGCUACAAAUGUCAGGAUUCGACUACUGGGUACAAGAACUCUGCAAGGACAUCUAAUGCAUUUGCAUGAUAGAACGGAUCCGACCGUGACGAGAAGGUAUUUCUACUCCAUCAAAGAAAUCCUUAUGGGUGGACGAUGCGUUUGUAAUGGACAUGCUGGCACAUGUGACAUUUUGGAUCCAAGAAGACCUAGAGCCCUGCUUUGCAGAUGUGAGCACAACACGUGCGGUGACAUGUGCGAACGUUGCUGUCCAGGAUUUGAGCAGAAAAAAUGGCAAACGAGAACUGCCCAUAAUAAUUUCACCUGUGAACCUUGCAAUUGUUUUGGACGAUCAGACGAGUGUGUCUACGAUGAAGAUGUGUUUGUGAACAGUCUUUCGCUGGAUAUUCACGGAAACUACGCCGGUGGUGGACGAUGUCUGAACUGUCGAGAUCAUACUGAAGGGGUGAACUGUAACAAAUGCGUGUUCGGAUAUUAUCGCCCAGCCGGAGUGAGCUGGAACGACACAAUGCCGUGCAAACCCUGUUCCUGCGAUCCCUCCAAACACACCGCAGAUUGCGAGGAAGAAACUGGAAAAUGCUAUUGCCAACCCAGAUUCGAAGGAGAAAACUGUGACAGAUGCGCCAAGGGCUACUACGAUCCACCAGAAUGCAAACAGUGCGAGUGUGCUGUUAAUGGAACAGUUGGCGAGAUGUGUCUGCCUGAAAAUGGCCAAUGCCCAUGCAAACCCGGUUUUGGAGGAACUUUCUGUGAGACUUGUGAACCUGGAUUUACUAAUGUGACGGCUGGAUGCAAGGAAUGCGUUUGCGACGAGACUGGCUCCGCUCAUUCGAAUUGUUCUGCUACAACCGGCCAAUGUGUAUGCAAACCUUCCUUUACUGGACUGAUGUGCGACCAAUGCCAAGCUGGAUUCUACGGUUUCCCGAACUGCACAUUUUGCAAUUGCGACCCCCUUGGGACUGAAGGUGGAAUAUGCGAUCCACAUUCGGGACAGUGCAUGUGUAAAGAUGGUUUCUAUGGCGAAAAAUGUGAUCAGUGUGAUAUUGGCUAUUAUGGAUAUCCGAACUGCAAAGAAUGUAACUGCCUGGGUGCUGGUGCAAAAGCAUUGGAAUGCGACGCGGCUACGGGACAAUGCCCAUGUUAUGCAAAUUUCACUGCUAGAACUUGUGACAAAUGUGCUGUGGGAUUCUACGAUUACCCUAAUUGUAAGGCAUGCAGUUGUCUCAUCGAAGGAGCAAAAGGUCAAGCAUGUGAUAAUAAAGGAAAUUGCUACUGUAAAGGCAACUUUGAAGGAGAGCGUUGUGAUCGUUGCAAGCCAAAUUUCUACAACUUCCCUGCUUGCGAAGAAUGCAACUGUCAUCCGGCUGGUGUUACACUGGAUUUCGCUGGAUGUGACAAGGUCCAACCGGGAGAGUUGUGUUCGUGUCGAAAGAACGUCGAUGGUAGGAUCUGUGACCACUGCAAGCCAACGUUCUGGGAUUUGCAAUACCAUAACCCCGAUGGAUGUAUUGAAUGUGGUUGCCAUCUGAAUGGAACGGUUUCUAUGUUUGACACCUGCGAUCAGAAAUCGGGACAAUGUGUGUGUAAACGAAACGCAGGAGGACGUCAAUGUGAUAAAUGUGCGGAUGGUUUUUACAAUUUGCAAGGCUACAAUCAGCUUGGUUGUGAACCCUGCAAAUGUGACAUUGGCGGGGCACUUCGUGCUGACUGCGAUGGAGAAACUGGACAAUGUCGUUGCCGACCAAGAAUUACUGGGUUGCAAUGUGACAAACCUAUAGAAAACCAUUACUUUCCUACCCUCUGGCAUAAUCAGUACGAAGCUGAAGAUGGCCAUACCGAAGACAAUAGACCUGUGCGCUUUGCUGUCGAUGAGGAUCAUUUCAAGAAUUAUAGCUGGCGUGGUUAUGCUGUGUUCUCACCAAUUCAAGAAAAAGUCAUUCUAGACAUUGAUGUAGCGAAGGCUUCGGUCUACAGGCUUCUCUUCAAGUACCAUAAUCCAACUUCUGUACCUGUCACGGCAACAGUAGCCGUGGCACCAAGAAUGACCCAUACCCAAGAUAUCGAGCAGUCCGAAAAGGUUACUUUCGCUCCUACCGAGGAACCAGCCAUCAAGGAAGUUACCGUAGCCGGCAAACCUUUUGUUCUAAACCCCGGUAAAUGGUCGAUCAGUAUAGGAACAAAACAACGGUUGCUCUUGGAUUUCAUCGUGGUCCUGCCAGCCGAGUACUAUCAAGGUACGGUAUUGAGAGAACGAGCUGCCCUACCAUGUGAAGCACAUACUGCCCAUAAUUCGACCUGUGUGGAUUUAUUGUACCCACCAAUGGAUGUUUCUGCUCGAGCUGAUGUCAACGAAAAGAAGGACACAUUCAAAGAAGUGAACAUGGAUGGAACAACUUCUGAUCUGAAAAUGGUACCCGUAGAGAUCUUACCCGAAAUUAUCGGACCUGCAGCGUACGUCCAAGCUGGAGAAGAUAAGAAAGUGAUUGAGGCAAAUAUCGAUGUCCCGGAAGAUUACGACUACACCGUUGUUGUCGAAUACCAUAACUCAGACAAAUUCCAAGCUCCAAUCAUGGUCGAAAUUACCCAGCAAGGAAACGACUCCGAUACAGAUUUUAAUGGAACCAUUACCGUACACCAUUGCCCAUUCGCAACAUUCUGCCGUGAAGCGGUCACUGAAGGAGGUGAGGUGGCUACCGUACCCUUGAAGAAAGGUUCAGCUACCGUACAGCUGCAUAUUCCGAAAAUGACACAAUUUGGACUAGCCGCGGUAAAUUUGGUGGCGAAAAACAGAUGGAACAACGAAUAUUUGCAACAAGUGCCAGUUUGUGUCCGAAAAGACGGUAAAUGCGUUCCACAGCAACAUCCACCAGCUGGUAAUUCCAUCGCCACCGAAGCAGAAGCUGGCGCCAAUAAGGAAAAUGCCAUCACCGGCGACAAGCUACCGUUUCCUAUUGCGCAUCCAAAAGAAGUUACCGUAGUUCCACUGGAUGAGAGUCAAGGUACCCUGGAGAUGAACGGAGUAGUUGCUGGACGUGGACACUACAUGUUUCUAGUGCAGUACUUCAAUCCUGACAAUACUCCAGUGGAUAUAGGAGUACUUCUACAAAACGAUCACUUCUAUGAAGCCGUUCUACCUUUGGCCUAUUGUCCUUCUGUUAGCGGUUGCCGAGCAUUGAUUAGAGAGAAGGAAAGACCUGAGGUGAUCCAGUUCUGGAUGGAGGACAAGUAUACCGCUACCCUGUAUCACAACAAUACGCAAAAGGGACCAGUCUUCAUUGACUCGAUCAUUGCCGUUCCGUACCAUUCAUUCAAUGAGAAUCUUAUGACUCCUCUGCCAAUCGAUGUCUCGAACGAAUUUGUUCAAGAAUGCAGCGCUGAUUUCUACCAAAAUGAUCCCGAGAAUGUUUCCGAUUUUUGUCGCGACAAGAUCUUUUCACUUACAACGGACUUUAAUCAAGCGGCAUUCUCUUGCGAUUGCAUUGCCAGGGGUUCCGAAUCCUUCUGCUGUGACGAAUAUGGUGGACAAUGCAAAUGCAAGCCGAACAUCAUUGGAAGGCGAUGCGAACGAUGUGCUCCCGGAUAUUACAAUUACCCCGAGUGCAUAAAGUGUAAAUGCAGUAUCGGUCAACAAUGCGAUGAACAUACUGGUCAAUGCUUCUGCCCACCUCAUGUAGAGGGAACUUCUUGUGACAGAUGCGUAAACUAUGCUUUUGGAUAUGAUCCGCUUAUUGGAUGUCAAAAGUGCGGCUGUCACCCACAAGGUUCGGAAGGCGCUUCACUUCAGUGCGAUCCCAACAGUGGUCAAUGCUUAUGCCGUGAAUCCGUUGGUGGACGCCAAUGUGACCGUUGUCUUCCCGGAUAUUAUGGAUUCCCACACUGUUACGCUUGCCGCUGUAACGUCGCCGGCACAACUGAAGAGAUUUGUGAUUCAACAAAUGCGCAAUGCACAUGCAAGGAAAAUGUGUACGGACAAGAAUGCGAUACGUGCAAACCCGGCACAUUCCAUCUGUCUGCCGCGAAUCCCAAGGGUUGCGUGAACUGCUUCUGCUUUGGUACGACGGAUCAGUGCAGAUCAAGCAUGUACCCAGUGUCGAUUACUGCAUUUGAUAUGUCUGGAUUCACGGUCAACGACCCAUCUGGUAAUGUCACAGUCGACGAUCACAUCGUGACUUACACAGCUGGUGAUGAAGUUCCGUCUAGCGUAUACUUCAACGCUCCAAUCACUUCGGGAUCGGAUUACACGAGCAGCUACGGACUAACGCUAUACUUCCAAAUGUCGUCACAUCCACAAGAAGGUCCACAUGCUAUGAGUUCGGAUGCAGAUGUACGACUAUAUGGGAACAACAUGACUGCCGAAUUUUGGGCUCCAGAACAGCCAGCUAACCCUCAGGAAGCGUUCACUGUGCGCGUAAAGCUGUUACCGGAGAACUUCUUGUCAUCCACUGGACAACCAAUCACCCGAGCAGAUCUGAUGAUGAUCCUACAUUCUUUGCAAAAUAUCACCAUCAAGGCAUCCUACUAUAACAAUCCAAAAUCGGCUCAGCUUAUCGAUUUUGGCUUGGAAGUCGCUGGAGAGAACCUUCCACCAUCAGCCAUGCAAGCUUCGUCAGUGGAGCAGUGCGCUUGUCCGGCUCCUUACAGUGGACCAAGUUGUCAGCAUUGUGCUCCUGGAUACUAUCGAGUCCAGUCUGGCUCCUACCUUGGUGCUUGCGUACCUUGUGAUUGCAAUGGACAUUCAGGCUCCUGCGACGCGGAUACCGGAAUCUGCUUUGACUGUCAGCACAACACUCAUGGAGAUCAUUGCGAAUUCUGUGAGGAAGGACAUUAUGGAGAUGCUACGGAUGGUAGUCCAUACUCAUGUAUGCCUUGCCAAUGUCCAUUCUCACCGACAAACAAUUUUGCCACUGGCUGUCAGGUCUCCGAAUUUGGGCAACUGCUAUCGUGUAACUGUAAACCAGGCUAUACUGGUGACCGAUGUGACAGAUGUGACGCAGGCUAUUACGGCGAACCCCAACGUCCCGGUGGCUCAUGUCAACCAUGCGAUUGUAACAAUAACAAUAAUUUGACGGAUUCACGAGCCUGUCAUCCAGUCACUGGUGAUUGCUAUAUGUGUGAAAAUAACACCGAUGGCCGCAGAUGCGAGUGGUGCGCCACAUGGUAUCACGGCGAUGCAAUUCAUGCAAAGAACUGUACUGAAUGUACAUGUGACAAAUGCGGUUCAAUCAGCUGCGAUAAUAAGGCUGGAGUAUGCGAGUGUAAACCAAACAUAGAAGGGCAGAAUUGUGACAGAUGCCUGCCGGAUCACUGGGGUUUCUCUCGUUGUUCUGGAUGUCACCCAUGUCACUGCGGGAUGGCAGCGUCUUCUACCCAAUGUGAUGGUGAAACUGGUCAAUGCUCCUGCCGACCCGGAGCAGCUGGUAUGCGUUGUGAACACUGUGAACAUGGCUUCUGGAACUAUGGAGAGUAUGGAUGUCAAAAGUGCGACUGUGAGGCAGACCUUUCCAUGGGUACGGUAUGCGAUGUCCGUACUGGACAGUGUCAUUGUCAAGAAGGAGCCACUGGAGCCAGAUGUGAUCAAUGUAUCCAGUCUUACUUGAGGAUUCCCACAUAUGGAUGUCGACGAUGCGACGAAUGCGUUCAUCAUUUGGUUGCUGACGUUGACCGCUUUGGUUACGAUGUUGAGCAUUUGAAUCAGUCUAUUUCUAACAUCUCUUCGGCUACUGUAGUUGGUGCCCGACUCAGCCGUAACUCAAAGAAUGUCGCGAAAUUUGCGGAGAUGGCCGAAUUACUUUCUGGCAGUGAAUACAACAACUUCGUCGGUGAUGCUAGAGGAACGUUAAGCAAUAUGUCGCUCUUGUUCAACUCUGCCGAACGAACUUUUGGAGUCACUGGAGAUGACGUGGAACGUACAAUGAACCUGACCGAGGACGCUGCUUUGGUUUUGGAAGACAUACGUCGUAGAGCUGCUGACGCAUCCGAUGCAGUAGAUAUGGCAAAAAAUCUCGUCACAUCGCUAGGAAGUCACUCGUCUGCUUUGGUGAUUGAUCCUACAUGGAUGAAGAAUGCUCAGGAAACUCUGAGUAAUUUGGAAGUGGUGACAGCCGAUGGAGCUCCCAAACAAGCCACUGAUGUCCCUGCAGCAGUCCAAGCUUUACAGGCAAAACUUCAAGAACGUCACAAUAAGACUGAGGAGCUCAAAGAUAGGAUGGAGGAAACGAAAAAGAGGAACGACAAAGUGGCCGAUUACCUUACGGAUACUCAACAGCUUCUGAAAGAAUCCCGCAAGAAAACAGAAGAAUCGCGCAAGGCUGCCACCGGACUAUCCACUUUGAGGCUUGAGGGUCUCAUCAAAGCACUGUCGGACGGACGUGAUAAGGCUAUAGAUGAACACAGAAAUGUCAGCGAAACGCUAUUGGAGGUGAAAAAUCUCACAGAACAAGCGAAAGACUUACGUGAGGCUAUAGGCAAUUCAGUGGCUAACCUUGCUGAGAUCAGAGCCGAACUUGCCGAAGCAAGUGAACCGAAGCGAGAGAAGCGAGCGAUAUCGUUUGAUAAGGGUCCCGUCAACAUAAGAGUGAGCGAGUUGGAAUCAGAAGCAAAUAGGCUCAAUGAUACAUUUGGCGACACUCGUCUGGAGUCGCAGAACGCUGUAGAAGCCGCUUCUGCUUACGCCAAUAUUACGGAAUCCCUUAAGACUGCGCAAGAGAAAGCUCAAUGGACCGUAGACGAGUUAACCAAACUUAAAGACAGCCUUGAUGAGAAUAACGAAGACGUGAAAAAUGCCCUGAAUCAGUCAUCUGUACUGAUGCGACAAAUCUCCGAUCUGCAACAAAGCACCCUAAAUGGCCUAAGGAAGGAAGCUGAAGAUACGGACAAGAGAAUCGAGAGGGCUUCCACGGCUGUGGAGGGAAUGCGUCGGACCCUGGAAGGAAUGCGAACUUCUCUAAAAUCGCCCUUGAACGAAUCCGCAUUUGACGAUGUGGAGAAAUCAGCUGAUCAUGUAAACAGUCUACUCGUGGAUUCAGCUAAGAUGCUAAACAAUUCCCGAGAUCAAAUCGCAGAACUAAAAGCAGCCACCGAUGCUGCAGUAUCCGAAGCAACCGAAGCCCUACAAGGCAUCAAAACGACUCGAAGCAAUGUCAAAGAGCUCACUAAUCUGGUCCCAAGUCUUGUGAACCAAUACGAUCAAAUGCGUUAUGCGGCUGGAAAUCGUUCUGCAAAAGUUGAAGCUUGCAAUGAAAAAUUGUCAUCCAUCAAGGAAAUGAUCGCUGUGGCAAGAGAUGCAGCUAAUAGGAUCAAACUCGGAGCACACUUUGAGAAAGGAAGCUCUUUGGAUGUACCUAUGCCACAAAAAGUAGCUAAAUCUGCGGCACACACUGAUGUCUCAUUCCAUUUCCGCACGGACAAAGAACAUGGAAUCCCACUCUUCUUUGGUAACGAAGAAGGAUCGGCUGGCACUCGCGCUGUACCUACUGACGACUAUAUCGCUGUAGAAAUUGAACAUGGCAGACCAAAAGUCACCAUCAAUUUGGGCGAGAAACCCAUUGUUAUUCCACUGAACACGCCGGUUUCUGACAAUCAAUGGCGUCAAUUGAGUAUCGAACGCAUAGGAAAAGUGGCAACAGUGAAACUGUAUGCACCGAAUAGCGAUCAGGUGGAGGAAGAGAAACGGGCUUCAUCGGAGGGUAACAAGAGCAUCCUGAACCUACAUCAGACCAUGAGUCGUCUGUUCGUUGGAGGAGUUCCACCGGGAAGCAAGAUUGCGAAUGAAAUCCGCAAUCGCGACUUUGAAGGAGACAUAGAAGAUUUGACAUUGCAUGGCGAACCCGUGGGUUUGUGGAAUGCGAAAUCUGGUGGUACGGUAGCGGUAAAAGGAGCCCCGCCUAGACCACGCACCAAAGAGUUGAUGGCUCAGCCUGGAGUUUCUUUGGAUGGUGAAGGAUACCUUGUCUAUAAAAUGGGCUACUGGAAUCCAAGAACACGUGCCGUGAUUACCUUGCAAUUCCUAACAUUCUCACCCGAUGGACUCUUGUUCUUCAUUGGCAAAGAUCGCGAGUUCUUCGCCAUAGAGCUGUCGGCUGGAGCUGUGAAACUUUCCCUGGACUUCGGUUCUGGUGCAGCGCAGUGGUUGGCUGAUACGGUAGCGUACAACGAUGGCAAAUGGCAUACGGUAUCAGUCAUGCGCGAUGAACGUCAUGUGAAGAUGGAUGUCGAUGGAGAAACGGUUGCUGAGGGUGAUGCACCAGCGGACAGCGCUUCCCUAAGUGUCACCGAUUACUUCUACAUUGGAGGAACACCUGCUGGAGUCAACACGCGCUCUCCCAUCGAGCCGUUCCGCGGCUGCAUCAAAGCUGUCCGUCUUGGUGGCGACGAGAUCAACCUCUACGCCAGUCAUGCCAGCAAAGGUGUUCGCAAUGCUUGCGCGCUUGGCACAGUGCGUACGGUUUCUAUCCUCUCGGACAGAUCCUCAGCCGUGUUCGAAAAUAUCACAGCUGCUGAUGAAAUGGAUGUGUCGCUGAGAUUCAAGACCCGUAGGCCUACUGGAACGCUAAUGACCAUUCAGUCAGAAGAAGAUGAUUUGCUAGCGCUGAAGAUCGAAAAUGGAGUUCUGGUUGCGUUUGCUGGAGAUGAUCGGGCUUCCCUCGAACUCGCAUCAGCUGCCGAUGAGCAAUGGCACUACGUCUCCGUUAGAAAGACAAAGGACAUGCUCAGAGUAGAUGUCGAUGAUCUACAUUCAAAGGAGGAGAAACGGCGCAACGGCGAUGAAGUGACACCCGGGGAAAAAGCGACGAUUCUUUUCGGAAGACAUGACGAUGCAUCCUUUGUUGGUUGCGUAGGUGAUGUGUCCUAUAACGGUCAACUUCUCGAUUUCGCAAAGGCCAAAAUCCAUGAGGUUUCACUAACCGGAUGCUCACUUGCCGCCGAUGUUAUCAAGACGACGGUUGCACCAGCGGAAGCUGCUGUCAUAGCCCAGGUAGCCUAA